UAGACUUUGAAGUAGUCCUUGAGUUAGUAGAAAGAAAUUGCAGCUAAAUUACUAAGAAUUGCAAGUAAGAUAUUAUAUACAAUUACAUUGACAAAUUGACAACCCUUCUGAGUUUAUUAUCGCAGCUACACUGUUUAAUACAUGUUCUUGCAUUUAUAUACAUGAUUCAGAGUAUAAUCUUCAUUGUGCAUUUUUCAUAAACUUUACCUGCCGCUUAUUAUUGAUAUAAUUGUUUCUCAUAAUGGCCUCAGUUAACAUCCCUCGAAUCCUCCCUCAUGUAUUAGUCAGUUUGGUAAUCUUUAUUCUGUGCAUGGAAAUGAUAUCAUCAUCCGGAUUAGGAUCUGUGUUUGAGAAUUCCAGUGAGAUAGUGAAGACAAGGUGUAUUGAGAAAGAGAAGAAAGCCCUGGUCGAGAUCAGAAGGGGUCUUGCAGACACAUUUGGUACUCUUUCGUCGUGGGGAAGCUCGGUAGAUUGCUGCCAGUGGAGGCGCGUUGUGUGUGACAAUAACACUGGUCAUGUUACCCAGCUACAUCUUUCCGCUAUUGAUUUUCCUCCUCCUGAAAAGUUUAGAGAUAAUUCAUUUUCCUGGAUACGAUCCAGUAGGAUAUCUAACAUCAGUAGUUCACUGCUUGAUUUAAAGACUCUGAACUACCUGGAUCUCCAUGCUAAUGAUUUUGGAGGACUUCCCAUCCCGAAAGUCAUUGGCUCUUUAACAGAUUUAGUUUAUCUUGAUCUUUCGCGAGCUAAUUUUGGAAAAACAAUUCCAGAUGAGCUUAGAAAUCUCUCCAAAUUAAAUCAUCUAGACCUCACGUUUAAUUCUUUCGAUACAAGUACCAUUCCAGAGUUCAUUUCUUCUUUCACCAGCUUGACAUACCUCGGUCUUGCUGGAAACCAUUUUUCAGGAGAGAUUCCACGUCAGUUUGGUAAUCUUUCCAAAUUGCAGCAGCUUAAUCUCGGCGACACUGAUGUUCUAGGUGGUGGCAUAUUUGGUUGGUUGUUUAAUCUAUCUUCUCUGGUCCACCUCGACUUGAAUGGUAUCAGUAUUGGCACCUCCAAUGAUUGGGUAAGAUUAUUUCACAGUUUCCCAAUGAUGUCGGUUCUUCUUUUAGAUCAUUGCAAUCUAACUAGCAGCGGAGCUAAUAGAUCUUCCUUCCCAACUAAUUUGUCUUCUAAUAUUUCUACCCUUUCUCUUCAUCAAAAUUUCAUCGAUUUGUCAAUUUUUGGUUGGCUUUCCAACUCCAGUAGCAGUCUUGUAAAUCUAGGCCUUAGUUACAACCGUCUGAAAGGUAAAAUCCCAGAGUUUUUGUCAAAUUUCACUUCAAUUUCCAGUAUUGAUCUUUCUAAUAAUCAGCUUCAUGGUGUAGUUCCAUAUUCCUUUCGAAAUCUAUCCGGUUUGAAAUUUGUAGAUUUCAGUUCUAACAAUCUCACUGGAAAUCUUCAAGAUCUUUUGAAUGUGUUUGCAGAGGAUAAUUUACAAACAUUGUUCAUACAUGAAAACCAGCUUACUGGGUCUUUACCUGAUAUCACAAGAUUUACAUCCCUCAGGACAUUGCGUGUUGCUUCCAACAAGUUGAAUGGAUAUCUGCCAAAACAUUUUAAACAAAAUUCUGUUCUAGAAUUCCUGGGAUUGUCGGAUAAUUCUCUCACAGGUUUUUUACCUGAAUUUACUGGAUUUCCAUCCUUAUUAUAUUUAAAUCUUGAAAACAAUAAUUUUUUUGGGAGUAUUCCAGAUUUCACAGGAUGUUCAUCUUUGCAAAGCUUGUCACUUGGUGGGAACCAACUUACUAAAUGGGAAACUCAAUCAACAGGACAACUAACCAAGCUUUAUAGGCUGGAUCUGUCAAUGAACUCAAUCAGCAGUACAAUCUCUGAAAGACACUUGACAAACCUAUCCAGUUUACGGGUGAUGGAUACAUCAUAUAACCCUUUGACAUUUGAUUUGAGCUCUGAGUGGCUUCCCCCUUUCCAACUUUCUGAACUUUAUUUAGCAUCAUGCAAGUUGGGGCCAAAAUUCCCUAGUUGGAUUCGAAAUCAAAAGGAACUUUACAUUAUUGAUUUCUCAAAUAGCCAAAUUUCAGAUACCAUCCCCAUGUGGUUUUGGAACGUCUCAAGCACUGUUGAUAUUUUGAAUAUCUCUUCUAACAAAAUUAGGGGCAAGUUUUCUUCUAAACAUUUCAAUUUUCUGAUCAUAGAUUUGAGUUCUAAUUAUUUCGAAGGAGCAGUACCUGUCUUUCCCGCGCGUUGUUUGAAAAUUAAUCUAUCCCAGAAUAAGUUUUCAGGAAUACUCUUUUCAAGGCCUGUAGUUGAAGUCAUGUCUCUGGGCUUUCUUGAUCUUUCACAUAACUCAUUGUCUGAUUCGCUUCCUAAUACUUGGGGAUAUUUUAAAGAUCUUGUGUUUCUUAAUUUAGGAUAUAAUAAUUUUGGGGGUAGAAUUCCUACGUCUAUGGGUGAUCUGGUUUUUCUGCAAACUUUAAUCAUACGUAGUAACCAUUUAUAUGGAGAAUUGCCCGCGUCUCUGAGAAACUGUACUAAACUGGGUUUUGUAGAUUUUGGUUUAAACAAGAUAUCAGGGAAGAUACCUGCAUGGAUCGGGGAUGGCCUACCACAACUGUAUGCUCUUAUUCUAAGAUCCAAUCAAUUUUACGGAAGCAUGCCUUAUCAGCUAUGCCGUCUCUCAGAACUUCAUUUUCUAGACCUUGCCAUGAACCGAAUAUCUGGAACUGUUCCUCGAUGCUUUGGUAACCUUACUGCCAUGACUAAAAAUGAAAUUGAAGUCACUGAGCAUUACUACAAUAUAUCAAAUGGUUUAGCUCCAACAUCAUCAUUUGUUGAUACUGCUCUAGCUGGUUGGAAAGGACAGGAGUUUGAGUAUGGACGAAACUUCGCUUACCUAAAGAUGAUAGAUCUUUCAUCCAAUCAAUUGACGGGUGAAAUUCCCAUUGGGAUAACAAGACUUCUCGAUAUCAAAGGAUUGAACCUAUCAAGAAAUAGAUUUUAUGGAAAAAUUCCACUGGAUAUUGGCCGACUGAAAAUGUUAGAAAGUCUUGAUCCGUCCAUAAACAAAUUUUCAGGCAACAUUCCUCAAAGUAUGUCUGGGUUACAUUUUCUAGGGUACUUAGAUCUCUCAAGCAACAAUUUUUCCGGGAAAAUUCCAUCAGGAACUCAGCUUCAAGGAUUUCUCUCAUCCACAUAUGCGGGGAACUUGGGACUUUGUGGCUCUCCGCUCACAAAAAAAUGUGAGGAUGAGCCAGGUGAUGAAGUUCACCCUACUUCUAUCGAAACUGAGAUUGAUGAUGACGAGAUUGAAUACAGGAGAUGGUUAUACAUUAGUGCAGCACUUGGUUUCAGCACUACUUUCUGGGGAAUAUGCGGCAGCGUAUUGCUUAACAGGCGUUGGAGGCAUGCAUAUUUCUUAUUCCUAAAUUACUUGAAGGAUCAACUUUAUUUGAUCAUUGUUUUGCGCAUUCCCCGAAUGCGAAGAGUGCAGAUGGAACUAAAGUGACAAGGACGUAAUUCACCAGAAUUGGGUCAAUGAUGGCGCUGGAGAGCUGUCUGAUCAGAGCCAUAACGCGUGUGAUAUUCAUUGGUAGUCUUAGCUCUUAGUUUGCGAAAUGUGUUAUUUACAAGAACCAACUAUAUUCCAGUUGUUUGCUUAGUCUUGUACUCAUAGUGUAGGUAGUGAUUGUUUGAGCUGUUGCAUUAAGUUGUGUAAUUUUAGUUUGUUAGAAUAAUAUUCCAAAUGAAGCUGUUCUCUUCA